AUGGGUGUUGCAACUGAAACGUGGUUCAAUAAAACAUCAGACACCUCAAUCGAUGGAUACCAUUUGCACAGAAAAGACAGAGACAGUCGAGGAGGGUGUUUGGCAAUGUACAUUAAAUCUAAUAUCCCUGCUGUAUUAACCAGUAUAAAAAUACUAAACGACUCUAGCAUUGAGCAACUUUGGCGAAUUAUCAAGUUUGGUAAUGAAAAACUCCUCCUAGGAUGUAUCUAUCGACCUCAAGAUAAUAACGAUGAUACUCUCAUGAAAAUAAUUUCUUCAAUCAAAGCCGAAAAAUGCAAUCUCUUGAAAUUAGGCUGUGCAUCCAUACUCUUAUACGGUGACUUUAACUUUAGCCACACAACAUAUGAAGAACUUGUAGUUGAUGACAAUACACUAGUUGUAGCGCAUAUCAACAAUGAAUGGCCUAGUGACACUAAGUUUCAACAAUGCUUAGGUGAGCAUUAUUUAACUAAAAUGAUAACAUUCCCAACAUAUCGCAAGUCAAGAAACAAUGCAAUGGGUAAUAAUCUUGAUUUUGUCAUUACCGAUAAAUCAAUCAGAGUUGGAGACCUCAAAAUGUUCUUCUUCAUAUGUUGUGAUCCUAUCGGAGACACAUCUAAAGGUAAAGCUCACUUCCUAAUCACUGGACAUUUCGAAACUAUGAAUUUUGAAAAACAAGCUACUUUUCAUUCACGUUAUAUUUGGAGCAAAGCGAACUAUCAAAAAAUAUCAGAAUAUGUCAUGGAUUACGAUUGGGACAAAAACUUUACUAAUCAUUCAGCAAACUUUAACUACCAACUACUUGAAAAAAAAUACAUGGAAGCUGUGUGCAAAUACAUUCCAGUGACUUCUGUUCCCUUCAAAACAAAAAAAGAACCUUGGACCACACCAAAAGUUAAAGAAGCAGUUUUUCAUAAACGUAAUCUCUGGAGGCAAUAUGUCGCUUCUGGAACUAAAACACAUGAAGCACUCAGGAGUAAGCAUAAAAUAGCUUGUAAACAUGUAUCAGAGGUAAUAAAAAAAGCUAUUAAAAGAUACGAACAUAAGUUAGCUAGUGUUUUAAAAAAUGACCCAAAGAAACUUUAUGAUCACAUCAAAAUUAAAGAAGAAACUAAUAACUUACUUCAAGCUCUCGAAGAUGACAAUAAAAACAUUAUAACCGACGGUGCAGUUAUUUCAGAUAUUCUAAAUAACUACUUUCAUUCUGUAUUCACUACUGAAAAACCAGAUUCGCUGCCAGAGUUCGGAUCACGUACAAAUGUAUCUUGCACUAUAGACUUAAAUUUCAAAUCGGCGAAUUUAGUUCAAGAAAGACUAAAAAAGCUCAUUGAAACUAAGUCAAAAGGACAUGACGACAUACACCCACGAGCUUGGUCAUCACACAAUGAAAAAGACAUUGCUAUUUCAGAACGAGUACAGCAUAAAGCCGCUAAAACAAUAUCGGAAAUAAAGCAUUUGCCAUAUGAAGAAAGACUCUUUCAUCUCGGCUUAACUACUCUUAAAGAAAGGAGAGUUCAAGGUGAUCUGAUUCAACAGUUUAAAAUUUCAAAAGGUAUUGAUUAA